CGACGGUCAAAUCAUGCGGAAACACACGGAGGCUAAGGCCCGAUUACUACGAAAGUGGGCUCGUUGUAAUCAGCUCGAUGAGACGGUUCGAAUGGUGUGGGUUGCGCUGGCAAAGGCCCGAGGGUUGUUCGAAGCGAUGGGCAAACAGCUAUGCGCAGCGCAUCAACUUCACAUCGACGGACACACACGCAACAUGUGUUAAAGAUAAAGCGGAGUAGACAGGGGCAGCUACGCCAUAAAGACGGGAUUUGUUUCGUGAGUUCCUUUCCUCCUUCUGGUAUCUACUUCCAGGUCAGCCAUGAUGGUGAAGACGGACGUCACAAUCAACGACAGGUACCAAGCUCUGUGCAAAAGGGUUCCAGUAGUUGAUACUCAUAACGAUUUCCCCUACUCUCUGAGAGUCCAGUUCCACAAUGAGAUCCAUUCAGGGCUGGGCAAAGGCUUCGACUUUGACUCCUACUUGACAAGUCACACGGAUUUGCAGAAGAUGAAGCAGGGUGGGAUUGGAAUCCAGUUCUUCAGCUGCUUCAUCGAGUGCAAGGACGGGGAUUAUCUCUAUGAUGACUUCAACAAAUCCAACUCUGCCGUCCGAGAUACCUUGGAGCAGAUCGACGUUAUCAAGAGACUGGUUGAGGAGUACUCUGAGUGUUUGGCCUUUGUUCACACCUCCGACGAGGCAAUGAGGCUCUUCUCGGACUCACAAAAGAUCUCUAUAACCCUCGGAGUCGAGGGCCUCCACCAGUGCGACCUGUCCCUUGCAGUGGUCAGACAGUACUAUGAGCUUGGUGUUCGUUAUAUAACGCUGACUCACAACUGCGAUAAUCCUUUCGCCACUGCUGCUUCCUCCAUCACGGGUGGUAAACCGGAUAGAGGCUUAACUCAGUACGGUAGGGAGUGUGUCAAGGAGAUGAACCGGUUAGGGAUGAUCUGCGACUUGAGCCAUGUGUCCUAUAAGACCAUGGUUGAUGUUUUGGAAGUGACACAGUCACCUGUGAUCUUUUCUCAUUCAAGUGUGUAUUCAUUGACUCCUCACGAGAGAAACGUUAGGGAUGACGUCCUCGUCAAGGUGAAAGAGAAUGGAGGUGUCAUCUGUAUCAACUUCUUCCCACUGUUCUUGAAACAGGAUAAGCGAGACGUGUGCACCAUCGAUGAUGCAGUUGAUCAUAUUGUUCACGUAAUCAAGUUGAUUGGAUGGGAUCACGUUGGAUUCGGUUCAGAUUUUGACGGCAUUCCACAAGGUCCAAGAGGACUGGAGGAUGUCUCCAAGUAUCCGGAUCUUAUUAAGCUCGUAUGGGAGCAAACCGGUGCUCAGGAAGAGGACAUUGCCAAGUUGAUGGGACUGAACGUGGUUCGUGUUUGGAAAGAGAACGAAUUGGUCUCACAAAAGUUGAAGAAGCAAUUACCAGUGGAGUCCAAUUGGUCUGAAAGAAGAUGGGAGUUCUAUGAAUAUGCUAGAGAAUUCCCAGAGAUCCUUCCUGGUGCAUUUGGAAAAGUGAAUAACAUAUGGUCAUCUGAACAAGCGUUGGAUAACAAAUAG